GUUGCAGACGGCGCUGUGGCUCCAGGACUGUAGGGGUUAACAGGAGUCCUGCUGCGGGGAUCCGGCGGCGGAAGUGGCGCGCGCUCCCGGGAUCUGCCAGGGUCCGCUGUGUGCACAGUGUACGGCUCCGCUCUCCCGCUGCCCAGCAUGUAUUCACCCUGGCCGCGGCUGCUGGGAUGGACACCGGGGGGAUGCUGAUCACAGGCUGGGUCCUCUGCCUGCUGCUCCGGACUGCGGGGGCGCAAAACGGUGAUGGCUGUGGUUACACGUUUUUUGGCCCCGGAAGUGGAACUUUUACAUCGAAGAAUUAUCCUAAUACGUACCCAAACAGCACUGUGUGCGAGUGGAAAAUACAAGUGAAACCCGGUGAAAGAAUUCUUCUGAAGUUCGGAGACUUCGAUAUUGAGGAUGUGGAUUCCUGUCAUUCCAGUUACUUGAGGAUUUAUGAUGGCUUUGGAGCCUCAAGAACCGAACUAGGGGCGAAGUACUGCGGCUUGGUAUUAAAGCCAGAAGACGUCGUCGAGUCCAAGAGCCAUGAGGUCACAGUGCUGUUCAUGAGCGGGAUCCACAUCUCUGGGAGAGGCUUUCUGGCUUCGUAUUCCACCUCAAAUAAAACAGAUCUUAUAACCUGUUUGGAGAAGGCAAGCCGGUUUUCUGAACCUGAAUACAGAAAGUACUGUCCGGCCGGUUGUCUGACACCUUUUGGAGAAAUCUCAGGAACUAUCCCAGUUGGUUACAGAGAUUCGUCGUUGCUGUGCAUGGCGGGGAUACAUGCAGGGGUGGUGUCGAACGCACUCGGAGGACCAAUAAGCGUUGUGAUCAGUAACGGCAUUGCGUAUUACGACACUGCUCAGGCAAACAAUGUUACAUCUACGACGGGCUCUUUGUCAUCUACACUCUUCACAUUCAAGACUAGUGGCUGCUAUGGAUUUUUGGGAAUGGAAAACGGGGCUAUUCCUGAUUCUCAAAUAACGGCCUCAUCGGUUCUGGAAUGGACAGACCUUGCAGGGCAGAUUAAUAUAUGGAAGCCUGAGAGGGCCAGACUGAAAAAACAGGGGCCCGCCUGGGCUGCAUCACCCAGCGAUGAGCACCAGUGGCUGCAGAUCGAUCUGAACAAGCUGACAAAAGUCACAGGUAUCCUAACCACUGGAUCCACAAUGUCCACCCACAAUUACUAUGUUACAGCAUAUAAAAUGGAGUACAGUGAAGAUGGUGCAAAGUGGACAAUGUACAGAGAGCCCAACGUGGACAGAGACAAGGUAUUUCAAGCAAACUCUGACUACUUCCAAGAAGUCCGAAACAACUUAAUUCCUCCCAUAGUGGCAAGGUUUGUGAAGAUCAGACCCACAAGCUGGAACCAGAAGAUUGCCAUGAAAGUGGAGCUGCUUGGGUGCCAGUUCAUACCUGCGUCCAUUCCAAAACUAACAGCUCCUCCAGCAUUUGUGCCACGUGCCAAACACAACCCGCUCCCAGUGGACAAGACUACCCCUCCUCCUGAGAUCAAGAACACGACGGUGACGCCAGAUAUUACCAAAGAUGUACCCCUGGCAGCCAUCCUGGUCCCUGCGUUAGUCAUGGUCUGCACCAGCAUCAUCGUGCUGCUUGUUUGCGCCUGGCACUGGAGAAACAGAAAGAAGAAAACAGAAGGUACUUAUGACUUGCCAUACUGGGACCGUGCAGGCUGGUGGAAAGGAAUGAAGCAAUUCCUACCCGCCAAAUCAGCUGAACACGAUGAGACCCCAGUGAGGUACAGCAGCUGUGAAGUCGGCCGCCUGAGACCAAGGGACAUGACCACCAUGUCAGCAGAAUACGCCCAGCCCCUGGUUGGGGGAGCAGUUGGCACCUUACAUCAGAGAUCAACCUUUAAACCGGAGGAAGGUAAAGAAGGUGGGUAUGCCGAUCUGGAUUCCUACAACUCCCCAGACGAGGACAUUUACCAUGCGUACGCCGAACCCCUGCCAACCAAUGGACCGGAGUAUGCUACGCCAAUCAUCAUGGAUAUGUCGGCGCAUCCUGCCGGAACCAUGUGCCUGCCUUCAACGUCGACUUUUAAAGGGGCGGGAGGCCAGGCUCCUGUGCUAGUAGGGACUUACAACAAACUUGUGUCUAGGACAGACAGUUCAUCGUCCACGCAGGUACUAUAUGAUACGCCAAAAGUGACGCCGGGGACGUGUGCCGUGGAAGAGACUGUUUAUCAGGUGCCACAGCCAAAAGCCAGCAAGGACGUCCCUCCUUAAAUGUCGGCGCAGUAGCAUGGACUCCCGUAUGUAUUCCUCUGAACAAAAUGGCUUUAUUUUCUCUGAGCACAUCGUGUGUCCAUCAAUAAGUAGGUUGUAGUCGCAAAUCAUUUGAAUCAAAGUAAAAACCACUGUUCACGAGCUUUAU